AUGUCGGAUAGGUUAGCUAGAACACUGCCAGCUGGAAUUGAUGGGCAUAUUACUGCGCCAGAGGCUCUGCCAGAGUCCGAUGCGGAGCAGUCUCUGAAAGAACCGCAGGAGACGGAAAAUAGAAACCUCGAGAAAAAAGAUGAUAUUGCCAAUUCGACACAAUCAUCAUCAUCAUCAGCAGGGCGGUGCAAUGGAAAAGAAGAAUUUCAAUACCACUACCUUACCUUCGACACUCCGCUUCCACCUCCUACAGGCAUUUCGGUUCCCAGGCCGGGUCAGCCACGAGCUCCCGAGCAGCCCGAUCUGCAACCAUAUAUUUCCCCAUUUACAUGGCGGAAAUCACGCAAAUGGGUGGUAACGAUGCUAUCAUGCCUUGUUACGACUCUCAGCGCGAUGGCAGCAGGGGCAUAUAGCCCGCCUGAACAGAUACUCACAGAGAAAUGGAAGAUAAGCGGCGUGGUAUACAAUCUCGGAAUCUCGGUCUUCAGCUUUGGGUUCGCUCUUUCGCCGAUGGUGCUUGCGCCAUUUUCGGAAAUCAAUGGGCGGCGACCAAUGCUUGUAGCCAGUGGGAUACUCUUUACUUGUUGCGCAGUCACGGAUUCUUUUGCUGGCAUGUUGCUCUCUCGAUUGUUUCUUGGUGUUGGAGGCUCAACGUUCUCGUCCAUAAUCGGCGGUGUCCUCAGCGAUGUCUACGUGACCGAGGAAAGGAAUACUCCUAUGGCAUUGUUCUCCGGAGCCGUCCUCUUCGGCACGGGCUUCGGCCCCAUGGUUUCUAGUUUCAUUGUUCACCACAUUUCCUGGCGCUGGGUAUAUUACUUGCAAACGAUUAUGUCCGCCGUGGUUACGGCGAUGGUUGUGGUUUUCUUUAAAGAAACCCGUGGCAACUUGCUCUUGAGUCGGAAGGCACAAGCGUUGAAUCAGUGGUAUGAACAACUUGAGGAGGCUGGAUAUGUUGGUGUCGAUAUGCCAGUGCUUGGGAAGGACGGGGAAAGCGAGCGACAGAGCCAACGGAUCCGGUGGAAGGUCAAGUCUGAUGAAGAACGAGAGAGUAUAGCUAAGGUGCUUGCAAUAUCGCUUUAUCGACCAUUCCCAAUCUCCAUUGGUGGCAUAAUCGCCACAUUCCUCAGCAUCUGGCAGGAGAAGUACGUACAUCGCUUGGGUAAAAUAUCCAGCAGACCCGAGGGUCGCUUAGUUUUUGUAUGCGUCGAGUCGAUUCUGAUGCCGGCGGGCAUGUUCUGGUUCGGGUGGACAUCCUUCCCCUCGAUACACUGGAUCGUGCCCUGUCUUGCAAUCGGAUGCGUCACCAUUGGGAUCUUCUCGAUCUAUCUGGCGGUGUUUAAUUAUUUGGCCGAUACCUAUCAUCGGUAUGCCAGCUCGGCCUUGGCGGCGCAAUCGUGUUGCCGUAAUCUUCUUGGUGGCGUAUUUCCGCUCGUGGUGCGAAUCAUGUACGUCAAUCUCGGAUAUCCAGAGGCAUCAAGCUUGCUGGGAGGAAUAGGCUCGUUGCUCACGAUUGUCCCGUGGGUUCUUGUGUUCUAUGGUCCGAAAAUCAGGGCGCGAAGUAAAAUCGCAAGUGAAAUUAUGACAGAAGACGAACGAGCUGGAUAGCGUACAUUUCUGGCAAUGAUUUCAUGGCUCCCUUAAUCAUUG